GGGCGACCGAACGUCACGCGAGCGCGACGAAGGUUCAGGAGGACGUAGGCGGCGCGCGGCCCGGCUCGCGGGGGUUCCAGGAACGGCAGGAUGGAGGAUCGCAAACUGCCCCGGCACCGGGCGCCCGAGGACGUGCGCCGGCAGAAACGCAAGGAGCUGGACGCCCGGCGCAGCAAGUCACGCAUCCGCCUGGGGGCCCACCUGCAGCAGUGGUGCCGGGUGAAGGAGCAGCUCGGAUUCCAGCUGCACUCCGACUUCGCCAAGUUCCUCCUCGACAGCUACGCCUCGCUGUCGGCCCCGACGUCGUGCUCAGGUGGGUACGAUGCCUGCGGCGUGACCGAGGGGCCCCGCUUGCUGCUGGCCUCCAGCGACGCCCUGGCCCAGCUGGUGGUCUGGGCCCACGACCACGGCCGGGAGUGCGGCUUCAUCCCCGGGCUGCGGCUGCUGAUGGUGGGGUGUGGGCCAGGGCCCCUCACCCCGUUCUGGGAGUGCUUGGCCGGGCACACCUACCCCUGGCUGCCGCUGGCCCCCGCCGGCCCCCACCCGCCAGCUUCCUCCUCCGGCUCCUCCUCGUCCUCCGCCCAGGCCCAGGCCCAGGCCCGGGGCCACGGGGCCAGCGUGAAGGAGGAGGAGGGGCCGGGGUCCCCGGGCCCAGACGGUGAGGGGCCGGCCUCCAGGCUGAGGAGGCGGGCGGAGGCUGCGGCCGGCUGCCUCGCCGGGAGGAGGGAGUGCAAGGAGGAGCCCCGGCCGGGAGAGCGGGACGCGCAGGAGAGGCUGGCUCCUGUCCCGGCAUCGGCCGACACCGUUCGGACGGACUGUGCCCAGGAGGCAGGGCAGACCCCGGACAGGCCGGCGGGCGGCGAGGGCGCAGACGAGUCAACGGACAACGACCUCAGUUACACAGAUGAUCUGAAAGACGAGAACUACAGCCCCUCGUCGGACAGCUCGGACCGGACCAGGAGGAAGCUGCAGCCCCGGUUACGUGGCAGACCGCCAAAGGAGAGUCCGAGCGACGAGAAGCCCCCGGAGGAGCUGAGGAAGGCCAGGCAAUCGCCCAGGGAGCCAAGUGAGGAGCCGGUGAAGAAAGUCAGGAGAAAACCGCAGCCCCGGUUACGCGGCAGACCACCAAAGGAGACUCCGAGCGACGAGAAGCCCCCGGGGGAGCUGAGGAAGGCCAGACGAGCACCCAGGGAACAGAGUGAAGAACCGGUGAAGAAAGUCAGGAAGAAGCCCCCGAAGGAGAUUCUCCGCUGCGAGUACGAGGGUUGCGGGAAGAUCAUGUCCAACCGUCAGUACCUGAAGCACCACAUGAAGUAUCAGCACCUUCUGCAGAAAACGUUCGCCUGUUCCCACCCGUCCUGCCGACGAUCGUUCAACUUCAAGAAGCAUCUCAAGGAACACGAGAAACUGCACAGUGACAAAAGAGACUACAUCUGCGAGUUCUGUGCCCGAGCUUUCCGCACCACCAGUAACCUGAUCAUCCACCGGCGCAUCCACACCGGAGAGAAGCCGCUGCAGUGCGAGAUCUGCGGCUUCACCUGCCGACAGAAAGCCUCCCUGAACUGGCACAUGAGGAAACACGACGCGGAGUCCGGCUACCAGUUCCCCUGCGACGUCUGCGGCAAGCGCUUCGAGAAGAAGGACAACGUGAACGCCCACAAGAGCAAGAGCCACCCGGAGACGCCGGCGGCCGUCCCGGCCCCAGCCCCGGCCCCCGCCCCCCCAGCGACAGCCCCGAGCCCGGAGCCCCCGCACGUAAAGCUGGAGCCCAGCGCGGACCCUCCGCUUGUCUAGACUGAACUGAGGCGUCCCACCCAACCUGCCCCCCCUCGUCUCCUCGUCCGCUGCCCCUCUCCCUACCCUCGCCGCGCCCGGGGCUCCCACGUCCCGUCGCGGGUCAGAGUCCGGCCACUGUGCGUGCUCGGCCCGCUGGGUGGGGAGCGGCGGGAAGGGUGUGUGUGCUCUGCCCUCCCCGUAACCAGCACCCCCCCCCCAGACCGGGGAAACGUGCGCGGGGCAGGGGAAGGGGUGCCGGUGAAUGUAUACUAUCAGCUGAAAUAAAGGCCUGUCGCGUCGCUCGGUCCUCCGUCUCUCGGACGCCUCCUCUCUCCCUC